GUGAAGACAAACAUCGUUGAAUUGGAUUGAGCUGUUACGAGAAUCUCCACGACGGAGUCGGAGCGGGUAAAACGUGGGAAGAAAAAGUCUGCAGCAUUAAUCGAUCUCCAGCUCCGCGGUAAGAAGACUUGGUUCAAACUUUAUUAAUUAAAAACAGAAGAUCAUCGCUCGCAGCUGCAGCAGCCCCUCCCCUGUCCUGGAGAACACUCCCAUAUCUUACCGCGCAAAAUCUGUCCAGAAGACGUUUACAGACGCGUGGAACAUCCAACCGAGGGGAAAAGACGAAGUUAGGAAGCAACAGAGAGUAAGAACACACGCCCAGAGAGAGAGAGCGAGGGAGGGACGAGGAGGACAGAAUGGACGUCCUGGUUCCUGUGGUGAAGAGCCACCCGGGCAAGUCAGUGCUGGUGUGCGCUCUGAUUUUCAAGUUGAUCCACCGGUUGCUGCAAAGCUUGCCGGUGCCCAAAGUAGUAAAGCAGGAUGACUUAAAAUCCUGGAAGUGGAAGAACCUCUCUAUCUCAAUAGUGCACUCUCUGGUGACUGGAUCCUGGUCCCUGGCCUGUGUGCUGGUUUGGCCUGAGAUGCUGCACAACCUUCACUCUUUCAACACUCCUCUGUCCUAUCUGCUCGUCUGCGUCUCAACAGGAUACUUUGUGCACGAUGCGAGUGAUAUUAUCCUGACAGGACAUGGAAGACAAUCAUGGGAAUUCUUACUCCAUCAUGUGCUGGUGAUCUCGUGUUUCCUGUACGCCCUCUUCACUGAGCUGUACGUCGCCGGCGCUGUAGUCGCUCUCUUUGUGGAGGUCAACAGUAUCACCCUGCACACGAGGCUAAUGAUUAAGCUCGCGGGCGCUCAGUCCUCCUCUGUGUACCACGUCAACAAACUCAUCAACAUCACCACCUACUUGACGUUUCGUCUGGGCACCCAGUUCUACCUCACCUGGUACAUCGUCCACAACUACACCUGGCUGGACCACGGUUUAUACUUCCUCUUCGCCAUUCUGAUGAUGAAUGUCAUGAUCCUGAUUUAUUUCUACCGCCUAAUACGCGCCGACUUCUUCCCUCGGUGUCGGGGACCCGAGAUGCUGAACGGGACAAAUGACUACCGCUCUAAGAAGUUUCCCUGUGAUUGAGUGGGGAAGGUUUACAGACCUAUGUAGUGUUUGUAUUUAGGGUGGGAGUUCACACACUUUUUUUUAUUUUUUUAAACUGACCCCAUUCCUAGUGACGACGGGUUGUGUCUUGCUGCCAAAGAGAAAUUAUUUUGCCCAGUCUUGUUUAGAAAUGUUAAAAUAAAUCCUUCUGUAAAAUUAGUUUUAACUUCUGUGGUUGUACAAGUCAAAGCCUACAAACGGUAAAUGAGCUUUUGGGGUGUUGGCAUGUUUUGUUGUCUUGAAGGAUAGCAAGGCAGCCUUUUCCAGUCUUUAUGCUCAACUGACUGCUGGCUGUAGCCUUAUAUUAAUAGCUACAGACAUGAUGGUUGUAUGUUUUCGUUUGACUCUCAGCAACAAAGCAAAUUAAUUGCCUACAUUUUUUUUAAAACGUCAAACUAUAACUGAAAGAUUAAAUUUCAGCAUUAGCGCAACCUGAAGGAUUAAUUUGACAUUUUGGAAAAUACGACUAUUUACUUCCUUGACUGAUACCUCUCGAAUAUAUGUACAUUUAAAUAUGAUGCUACAGCCAGCAGAUGCUUAGCUUAGCAUAAAGAUGGGACAUGAGGAAGCUGCUAGCCUCAUAACAGACAAAGGUAUUGACAAACAAAAUAUGAUGUUAAUCUGUGAGCUUCAGAGGUGAAAUGGAUAAUUAUUUUGUCUUUGCACAGAGCUAUGCCGUUUCUUUCUGUAUACACCUAAACUAACCGACUACCUCCCUCACUCUCCCUAUUUCCAUGAUGUCACCUGUGGCUGAAGAGAUACUGGGCCUGAACCGGGACAGGACUAACGGGUAACAAACAGGAAUGCAGGGACAUGCCUGGUGCUCUGUGUGCAAUAUAGACCCAAGUGUCAUUAAUCCACUCGUACGCUCUCUCCCAGACAUCUACAUCUUCACUAUAACCGUACUAUUAUAGCUUAUAUAAUAUGUUUCAGAAAAGAUGCAAGUGUUGGGGAGUAGCGAGCAUUGGACUGGAUAAAUGAGACUUGGAUUAUAAUGGACUAAUUGUGUGCGAGAUUGUCAACAUAUUUUGAGAUUGCCUUGCUGUUAAACGUGGCCCCCAUUCACUUGAAUUCAUCAAGACUUCCAUUGUUUCUUAGUUCAAUGAGGAGGCUUGCCAGAAAAAACAUUUGUCUCAUGAAUUCAAGUCAACACAGGAUGCAUAAUUGAUAUAAGUGCUCCUUUAAAUGCUUAUUUCCUAAUCAUGCCAUGAAUCGCAAGUGCUGACAGCAUCAUUUAAAAACCUAAUGAGCCGUGCAUUUCAUUUUCAAAUUCAGCCAACCGCCAAAAAAUUUACUCGUUUAGAUUAGUCCAUACCUGUGUGAUGGUGCCUUUUAAACAUAAUAAAGCACUGAUACUUUAUGAAUAAGGACAGAUAUUGUGUAGACUGACAUCUGUAACUCUUUGUGAAAGUUGGACCAAGUUAAGAGAUGUAUGACACCAGUCAUUUCUGCGAACAAAUGUAUAUUGUAUUUUGGAUGAUUUAGUGAUACCAUGGAUUACAUAAAAGUAUUUAAAAUCAGAA